GUGAAAGCUCCAGUCUUGCUUAACCAGUCUAACAAUAUAGCCAUGCGUUGCCUAGCUCUGAUCGCACUCUGCCUGUUCGCUCUUUUGGCCCUGGCUGCGGGCCAGGAAGCCAAAGGCUUUUGCCCAUGUCCUCGCAACUAUGAUCCUGUCUGCGGAUCGGACUCCGUAACCUACAGCAACCAGUGCGACUUGAAUUGCGCUGCGAAAAACCAAGGACGCUCCAUUACUGUGGUUAAGGCCGGAAAGUGCUAACCACCAGAAUAUGGAAACUCAACUGGUUAUAACCGAUGUAUAGAUGAUGAAAAGUGAAAAAUAGAUUCGUGUUAAUUGUUAAAAUAAAUUGUAUAUAUGUAUGCUCCUGGCAUUACUUAUUUAAAUUCUAACUUAUACCUUUGUGUAAAGUCAUAAUAGUUUAGGUCAACAUUUUCAAAAAGUAUAAUUAGAACACACAUUCACACAUUAAUUAUAAACAGAGCAAUUGUCCUUGCAAUAAAAGUUUCUGUUACUGCUCAUGAAAAA